UCAGAUCGCGAAAGUGAUAUCAAACAGAAAUGCUCAACUAUGACCUGAAAUACUCUUGAAAAGUGUGUUCCUGGGGGUGGUGGUGGUGAAUCAUCCCAAAGUGGUAGCAAUUGUUGCAUUUAUAUAUAGUGAUUCCAAAGCAUGAAGAAAUUCGCACGAAAAUCCAAUGGCGGUGGCGAAACGACGACAGACAACGAGUCAAGUUCGGUGCUCUCUUCCUCGACCACCAACUCCGGAAGUGUGGCACGAGACUCGAAGCGCAGUACUAAGGACAAGUUCAAAGCUCGGCUUCCGGUGGUUCAGUGGGUUGCUCGAGCGGGUCGAAGUGAGAAGAGCAAGCGUUCCGUCGUUUCUUCACCACCGUGCUGUGGGCUGAACACGGCCAACGAUAAGGAGAUUCAAACGGAAAAGCAGUUUUCCGACAAAUCCGUGCAAUAUGACGAGCAGGAUUACUAUGUGGCGGAUAACAGAUCUCAAUAUACGUCUCAUCAAGGAACAACAAUCGAUUCGAUUAUCAACGAGCAGCUAGACCAUCAAAGCUUACACGUCGUUCACCACGGAGGGUGCAACUGCUGCUGCCGGUAUUACGGACCAGAUGCACCAGCAAUGCAAGGGCAGCUCACCCUUCGAACGCCGCUGCAUGACGCACGCCGUCGAAGUCUUGACCAGAGUAAUGAGAUCAGUGUGUUCGCCGGGUAUACCAAUCGGUUAGUGAACGCUCCUAACGGGUACCAUUCUGCCAGUGAUCAACGGUUAUUUAGGAAAAAUAAUCUCAUAUCCUAUACCAGUGAUAGUGAAAUGUGGAAAAAUAACAAAAAUAGAGUCGCGAGUGUUCAGGGAAACGUGCGCAUCGAAAACCUGUGGUUCGGAUCGCAGCCGGCGUUGAAUUGUGUCGAUGCAGAACCGAAACCAGAAGAUCGAUCAUUUUCCAGGAAAAACGCGAACCGCAAAGUAGGCCGUGUGAGUCCGUUUGUGGCCGCCCCUCGGGUGGAGGAAGAAGUGGAAGAAGAAGAUUUGGAGGAAGAAGAAAACCACAACGUAAAACACCGGCAAGUGGAAAACAAUCUAUCGGCUGAGCUCGAGCAGCAGGCCUACUUGGUGCUGGGUAUGAACAGCCAAGCGCGAAGGCCGUUCAAACGAAAAAUAUGUACCCCGUUCAACAAGCGGAUAACGAUGCCACCGGAACACUUCAAGCAAUGGCCAUCCGGAUCAACCUUUGAGACUGAUUACUAUGAAAAUCAUCGACACAGCUUUCCGAUCUACACUUCUAAUGACUACCAGGGCACACCGGCUAUGGUAGAAAAUAUUUACAGACCCACUAACGUCCAUCAUGGGCCCAACCCUCCGAGGCGAAAAGUCGCGGGUAGUGCCAUCGAUAGCAAUUCGAUUAUGUUCCGCAGCACGGCGGAUGAUCUCCAUAAAUUAGACAACUUGAGCAAAACGGCCAUUGAGUCAAGGCAAAGACGAGAUCGUAAAAAGAUCAUCCCAAACUUCUCCCAUCCAAACACGGCAGUAGAGCCGGUGAAUCGGCUGCACACACCACUAGCCGCCGCAGCAACUAGAUCACCUGCCCCGUCACCAAGCGGUUCUUCCAGCCUGUAUAGUAGACUGAGCGGCAGCAUCCAGAACCUGUUCAUUGGUGGCGGUAGUGGACAGCGAGGCGGCCAGUCCGGCUCGACAUCGACGGCCGUGCGGACGGGUUUCAGCAAAAGUGAGAACAAUUUGAACGAGCUUAGUAGGCGGCGUCACGGGCCACGCGAUCGAUUUUUUCUGUUCGGUUCGCGAGGAAAAGUGCGGCAGCGACGGGCGAACAAUUUCCAGACGAGUGGGGGCGGAAGUUUCUUUACGUACAAUUACGACGACGAGGAGGAAAGCCGGUGGAAGAAGUACUUCAGCUUUGGCAACAUGCAUCGAUUGCGGAAGCAAAAACGGAAAGCGCCAAACGAGACGGACGCGAAAAGAUCUCAAUAUACGUCUCAUCAAGGAACAACAAUCGAUUCGAUUAUCAACGAGCAGUUAGACCAUCAAAGCUUACACGUCGUUCACCACGGAGGGUGCAACUGCUGCUGCCGGUAUUACGGACCAGAUGCACCAGCAAUGCAAGGGCAGCUCACCCUUCGAACGCCGCUGCAUGACGCACGCCGUCGAAGUCUUGACCAGAGUAAUGAGAUCAGUGUGUUCGCCGGGUAUACCAAUCGGUUAGUGAACGCUCCUAACGGGUACCAUUCUGCCAGUGAUCAACGGUUAUUUAGGAAAAAUAAUCUCAUAUCCUAUACCAGUGAUAGUGAAAUGUGGAAAAAUAACAAAAAUAGAGUCGCGAGUGUUCAGGGAAACGUGCGCAUCGAAAACCUGUGGUUCGGAUCGCAGCCGGCGUUGAAUUGUGUCGAUGCAGAACCGAAACCAGAAGAUCGAUCAUUUUCCAGGAAAAACGCGAACCGCAAAGUAGGCCGUGUGAGUCCGUUUGUGGCCGCCCCUCGGGUGGAGGAAGAAGUGGAAGAAGAAGAUUUGGAGGAAGAAGAAAACCACAACGUAAAACACCGGCAAGUGGAAAACAAUCUAUCGGCUGAGCUCGAGCAGCAGGCCUACUUGGUGCUGGGUAUGAACAGCCAAGCGCGAAGGCCGUUCAAACGAAAAAUAUGUACCCCGUUCAACAAGCGGAUAACGAUGCCACCGGAACACUUCAAGCAAUGGCCAUCCGGAUCAACCUUUGAGACUGAUUACUAUGAAAAUCAUCGACACAGCUUUCCGAUCUACACUUCUAAUGACUACCAGGGCACACCGGCUAUGGUAGAAAAUAUUCACAGACCCACUAACGUCCAUCAUGGGCCCAAACCUCCGAGGCGAAAAGUCGCGGGUAGUGCCAUCGAUAGCAAUUCGAUUAUGUUCCGCAGCACGGCGGAUGAUCUCCAUAAAUUAGACAACUUGAGCAAAACGGCCAUUGAGUCAAGGCAAAGACGAGAUCGUAAAAAGAUCAUCCCAAACUUCUCCCAUGCAAACACGGCAGUAGAGCCGGUGAAUCGGCUGCACACACCACUAGCCGUCGCAGCAACUAGAUCACCUGCCCCGUCGCCAAGCGGUUCUUCCAGCCUGUAUAGUAGACUGAGCGGCAGCAUCCAGAACCUGUUCAUUGGUGGCGGUAGUGGACAGCGAGGCGGCCAGUCCGGCUCGACAUCGACGGCCGUGCGGACGGGUUUCAGCAAAAGUGAGAGCAAUUUGAACGAGCUUAGUAGGCGGCGUCACGGGCCACGCGAUCGAUUUUUUCUGUUCGGUUCGCGAGGAAAAGUGCGACAGCGACGGGCGAACAAUUUCCAGACGAGUGGGGGCGGAAGUUUCUUUACGUACAAUUACGACGACGAGGAGGAAAGCCGGUGGAAGAAGUACUUCAGCUUUGGCAACAUGCAUCGAUUGCGGAAGCAAAAAGGGAAGGCGCCAAACGAGACGGACGCGAGAAGAAUACAAGACUUGGAUGGCGGUUUCUUCGAAAAGUUCGGUUCCAUCUUGCGCCAGAAGUCCAUCAACCAUGAGGAAAGUGUCACGUUGCAACCUUUCCCGGAGCAUCAGCCCCAACUGGAGAGUACACCGUUUAGCGAGCCGGAAACGAUUCCCGAGGGUGAGGACAGCGGCAAUGAAACCCUGCCCGACAGUGACAGUGAGGAGCAGCAGGAGAAACAGAACGAGUUUAUCGGCGAUGCCUUCGGGUGGAAUAUAGAGGAGCUGUACGAAGAAGUCCUAUUCGAAAUCUUCAACAACAUUGGCUGUGAUGACGAAGAGCUGACCGAAGACAGUUUGGUCCACUAUGUUCAGGAUGCAUUUAAAAUUUCCAACGAAAAGCACGAGGAAAUCCUCAGGGUGGCCCGCAAUAAGGAACCACCGGAGAUUUGCCUCAACGUGGAGGUGAUCGAAGCCAAAGAGCUGGAACCCAAGGACUCCAACGGACUGUCGGAUCCCUUUGUCACCAUGUACAUCGCUUCGAAUCCUACCCAUCGGUACAACACCUCGGUGAAGUCCGCCACUCUGGAUCCGCUUUGGGAGGAGCAUUUCUCACUGCCCAUCGAUGAGAACGCUAACGAUGCCAAUCUGAUUGUAGAGGUUUGGGACUUCGAUCCAGCCGAAACGGUCAAGGAGAAGAUGAACAAGGUAUUCGAUGUGAAGGGCGUGCGCGGGCUGCGAAAGCUGAUGAAGGAAAUAGCAGUUACGGCAUCCACUGGGAAGCACGACAACGAACUGAUUGGCCGUGCCAGUAUACCGCUGAAGUCCAUACCCGCAUCCGGUUUGGUGAUGUGGUACAACCUCGACAAGAAAAACAAACUCAAGCGCCAGGGAACGAUAAGAAUAAGACUGAACUUUAGCUCACAGAAAAACAAUCAGGUUGCAGCCCAAGAGCACCGACACCUGCUUAGAAUCCUUCUCCUGCAUGAGCUGGAAACCUCGAAAGUGGCACCGUACUGGUGGUCCGGGAAGUUCACCACCCAAGGUGAGUACGUGCUCACGCAACACUCCGCCCAAAGCAGUCUCUCUACGACCGCAGGUGCCUUUAUCCAAUGGUCAGUCUACACCGCCAUCCACACCGACCAUCCGCUCUCGUUCGGGCUGUUCGACGGUAUACUGGACAAAGUUGUCCGCGCCAUUCAGUUGAAGGCUGUUUCCGAUGAUGAACUGAAACUGUUCUGGGAUGCUACCAAAAAACUUCUUCCGUCCUGUUUUUCCGUAAUCCGAAAAUUACGAAAGAAAACCGCAGGUGACAAGCUGGUGGUCAAAAUGCUCACGGAUGCGUUGAACAUCAUUGCGAAGGUGUCGAUGCUGGAGCCUCCGGAGGGUACCGAUCUGUUUCCGCUGCAACAAUACAGUUGGAUCCGGUCGAACACCGCCGAUCCCAACUGGGAUAUUCGUGAAGCAGUGGCCAGUGCUGUUGCGAGCGGUGCUGAAGACUGGUUCAACAGUAUCAAGGAAGGCCACUUUGUGGAAUCUGGCUUAGAUGAAGAUCGGCUGCAGAACUUGAUUAAGAUCAUUCAGUUGGUACGAUCAGACAUCCAGCGAUCAAUUGAACAUUACGAUAAGCUGUUUCAAGAAAUUCUACACUUCCAGUACACCAAAGAACUCUACAUAACGCAUGAACUGAAGCUUGCCGAACUAAUCAAACCUUGCGUGGAGGAAAUCUGCCGAGCUUUAAAGCGUAUCGACAUUCCCGAGUCCAACACAACUCUCAUGGAGUACGAAGACAUCAACAUGGGAACAACCUUGUUCGAGUUAUACCUGGUGCUGAAACGUUUCUCUCAGCUUGGACCGGCGUUGAGUCCGGGGGAAUCCGGCUUUGCCAUCGAUGAGUAUCACAAUUGGUUCACAGCUGGUGUGACGCACUGGUUGGAUAUCUCCGUGUACAAGGCGCUGAUGCGAAUUCAUAAGGCGAUCGAGCUGGAUAAGCUGCAACCGGUGGACGAAACGGUCAAGUAUUCCUCCUCAGCGGUAGACACGCUGGCGAUCUUCUACCAAAUUAAGAUCUUCUGGCAACAGUUAGAUUGGCCAGAUGUGGAGGGAGCGUACAUCUUCGUGGCGAAAAUUGUCGACGACAUUUGUCGCUGCUGCGUCUUCUAUGCCGAUCGAAUGUCCACCCGAGUGGAAAACCUUGGCUUGAUAGAAAAUGUUUACGAGAGGAAGUUUGAGGUCACUACAGAGUGGUGUCUGGCUAUCAACAAUAUCGAUUACAUUCGGCAAAGCUUGAAACCAUUCGCAGCAGAACUAGGCGUGGACGACAUCAUCACUCGGCUAUCGAACAUUCAAAGUUCGUCCGAGGCGGAACGAUGCGCUCAAACACUACGUGCCGUGCUGGAGAAUGCUGUCGAUACCGAGAAGAACAAAAUUAUCGAUUUGGUUGAGAAGCUGGCGAAGAAGAUGGCUCCGGCCAUGCGACGCUUUUUGGUGGAAGGUGCCGAGCUGCUUCAACAGGACUCCAACUCGAUGGAUCGGUUGAUGAUGUACAUGGAGGAUUCCCUUUCGACCUUGAACAGUGAACUGAACGAAAUAAACUUCGAGCGAGUGUUGGAUGCCAUCUGGGGUGAACUAACCACGAUUUUAUAUGACCUGAUUCAGAGUAAUCUUGAUAAACGCCGUCCACCCGCAUUUUUCGCCAACCUGCGCGACACGUUGCACAUCAUGGUUCAGAACUUCAAAAGCGCAGAAAACCGUGAGUCCCAGAACGCUUCCGACCGGGACACCCUGGAUCACAUCGAACGGCUGCUGCAGUUGCAUGGCUACGAGACGACCGAUCUCAUUCAUCAGUAUUACAUCGACCGGCUGACGGAACAGGAACAGGCCGAAGAGGACGCCGUCUUCGGAAUGCUCACGGUGCAGUGCUUCUUCAAAAACAACGUGCUAGAGCUGGAAAUCAUGAAUGCACGCAACCUUAAGCCAAUGGACUCGAACGGGACGUGUGACUCGUUUGUGCGGGUGCAUUUCAUACCGGAGGAACGGUUCGUCGGGGUUACCAAACCGCGCACCAACACUCAGUCGAAAACGCUGUUCCCGCUGUAUGACGAGAAGUUUGUUGUCACAUUCACCCCGGAGCAACGGGCCAUCAAGGAUGCGGUCAUUUUGUUCAGCGUGAAGGACAAGGACCUGUUUGGAAUGUCCAACCAAUAUCUGGCCGAGUGUUACUUAAGUUUCAACGACAUUGCGGACAUUUCCGGCGAGAGCGGCAAAAUCGAACAGAAGCAUUUAAAACUGACGCGGCCGCAUCGAUUAGAUACGGAUUGUGUGCGGGCUUUGGAAUAUCGCCAAGGUGACAAGCAAGCAAAAGAUUUCAUCAAAAAGCUUCGACAAAAAAUGGGUUAAGAUGAACUGGAGCUAUUUUGGUAGGUGCCUUUUUUGGAAACAAUCCAUCGCUAACGUGGUCAAAAUAUUUGUGAACAGCUGUGCAACGUUUUAAUUUUAUAUCGCUUUAUUUAAAUGCCACUCACAGAAACAAUAGAGACUUUAACUGAA